UUGGUGACGUUAUAAUCUCGCGCAGGUACUGAACAUGGCGGAGAAGGGGAGCUCGCAGGGGUCAUCACCUAAGUAUGCUCAGCGAAUAGACCCAAAGCAAGAGGCACUAACGCCGCAGCAGCUUGAUUCCAUGCGCAAAGCUGAGCUAGCUCAGUGGGGCAAAAAUGUGAAGAAGCUACGGGGGCGAAACGUUAUAACUGGGCUCACCAUAGGCGGCAUCGUUCUGGGCAUAUAUGGAUACACUUUUUAUUCUGUGUCCCAGGAAAAGUUUUUAGAUGAGCUGGAGGAUGAAGCAAAAGUUGCUCGAGCAAAUUAUCCAAAAACAGCUGCCAACUGAAGAUAUCUGCUAUUGUUACAAAUCACAGAUGUUUUUUUUUUAUUCUUCUAUUUAUCUAUAAUGAAUGUAUAUCCAGGUACAUCCAGAUUCCACUCUUCUACACUUAUAAGACAUUAAGAAGGAACUUUCUGUUUUGUUCAACCUUACGAGGGGCUGCUACAAGUACCAGGAGAUCACUAUGUAAUAAAAUUGAAACAAAGGAUUCAGUCAAUAA